AUGAUUCCGUCACAACUGAAGAGCAUGACAACAUUCACUAAUGAGGGACGGGUAAAGCCUCCUAUGAGCUACAGAGCAAAUAUUGAUGUUUUGCCGCAGCACAUUGUUACCAAAUACUUUAUCUUGGAAAAGGAUAAGGAGACGACAGAUUGGUUAAAAGAAGCUGCGAAUGUUAGCGCAUUAAGGAUCUUAAUAGCCAACCUGCUUCGCCAUUUUGUUUCGCUCACUACCGCCAAUGGAAUUGUGGGAAGAGGCGGCAUGUUUGUUGUGUCUACCGAACAGGCUGCGAACUUGCUGCUCGGAAGGACAAUUGCUCAGCAAUGGACGCGCUACAGGGACACGAUGGAGCCGCCUUUCGAAACAUUACUUGAUGUUGGCGCUGGUGAUGGAGGUGUUACUUCUCGAUUGCAGCCUCUCUUUAAGCGAGUGACUGCUACAGAAUUUUCUAUACCAAUGCGCUGGCGUCUUUGGCGGCGUGGUUAUGAGGUGCUUCCAUAUCAGGACCCCUUCACAAAUAAAGACGGCUCGAGGCGGUAUUAUGACGUAAUUUCUUGUCUCAAUGUUCUCGAUCGCGCAGACAGGCCCCUUGACCUUCUGGCGUCCAUGCGCGACUCGCUGGGUCCUGAAGGUAUUCUUCUUUUGGCUGUUGUAUUGCCAUGGUGCCCGUUUGUGGAAGACGGAAGCAUUAAGAGACGACCAUCACAGAUGAUGCCAAUGGACGGUGGCGAGUGUUGCAAAGGUGCGACGUUCGAGCAGUCAUUACAAUGCCUUAUGGAUAACGUUUUGGUACCGUUUGGUUUUCAGUUGGAGCGGUGGUGUAAACUACCUUACCUUUGUGAGGGUAAUAUGAUUGCUGAAUAUGCCGUGCUUCAUGAUGCUGUUAUGGUGCUAACAAGGAAGGGAGACAGUGGUACUGCAACUGCGGAAAAAGAUACAGAUGGUAGUACUAUCCAUACUUGA